AUGCGCGCUCCCGACACGGGGGACAGAUUUUCACAAGGGAACAGAAUUUCUCAUAACACCGGGAAGCGGCAGCGCCUCACGUCCAAUUUCACGCGACAGUGUGUGAGGCAGAAGAGAGUGGAAUCAGUCCAGCCUGCCUUAAGGACGAAGCGGCGACACGGAGCCAGCUGGGAGCGACACAGGAGAACCAGGAGUCACUUUUUGCUGUUUUUGCUUUAUUGUCAGAGCUGAGUUGCACCACCGCCACGGAGAGCAUAUUUUAAAGGUAUCCACUAAUGGCUACCUGUGAAGACUCUCAUCUGAAGUUCAUCCAAACAUUUAACAAUUCUUUUUACUUUAAAGAGACCAGUUCUGCUCCACGUGAAACAGAGCUUUGUUCAGAUGCUUUCAGGAGAUGUGAGCCUCCAAUAUCAAGGUGGAUCCAAAGCAAUGACCAAAAGUUUCUUGUUUUGAAAACUUCGGGAAAAUUUGAAUUUGAGGACAGGACAGUCCAUGAUCAAGGACAGCCUGAUUGCAAAUUUGAAAUCCAGAUUUAUCAGGACUCAUCACUUAACAAGUAUCAGUCGGUCAUGCUCUACGUCUGUGCUGAUGGUGAGAAAAUGAUGAUAUCCUGCAAAAAUAACAAGGAAGUGUGCCCAGAGCCCAUGGAUCCCAAAGUCCUGAAGAUGAUUAAAGCAGAGAAACACAAGGCUCUGUUCUGGUGGAAAUGUAUCUCCACUGGCAAAUACAAGUUUGAAUCCACCAUGUACCCAGAUUACUUCCUGGCAUUCGAGCGUGAGGAGGACACGCCUUGCCUGCAUAAACUAAUUCUGCGUCAUGGAUCCAUGGAUGAAGUGGAUGAGAGUAGGAUUUUUUGUGUAAAUAAAUGCAGUCCAUAAUCAUUUCUCUUGGGAAAAUAGAACAUUCACUAGCCACUUUAUUAAAGGGAUAGUGAGUUUGUUUCUUUCUUCUGCUACUAUUAACAUUAUACGCAGAUUAUUAUUUUUCUGUCAUUGUUAUGAUCAUUAGUUUAUUUGAUUUGUUUGUGAUAUAACUAAGUUUAUGUACGUAUAUUAUUUGGUAUACAUGGGCAAGAAGUUGGUAAUUAUUCUGAUGCUGUAUGUCGGGUUGUUAUUUAUAACUGUCAUUAUUAUGGAUUAGUAAAUAUGGUUGUUUACAACACGAGUCAUUUUGUAAUAAUUUUGUUUUUAUACACUAUAAUCCAUUUGCUGGUUCUUUAACAGUAAAUUGAAUAGGUAUAUAAAUACCACGUUUUAAAUGACUCAUUUCUGAUAAUUACUGAGUCGAUGAGUGAUAUAUUUAGAUUGAGAUGAAUGGCAUGAUUAAAUAAAUGUUUGCUAUUUUGUUCUUGGUUUUGUAUGCUUGUUUUCUCUUGUCCUACUGAUGACUUGUUUCCUAAAACCUUUUUGAAAUGAACACAUAAGUACAAAUAGGUUAGAGCCCUGUUCUUUCAGAACUGUCUUAUUUCUUUGUAGCGUAGAUUCAACAGGCUGUUGAAUCUACGCUUUGUCAGAUUUUGGUCCACAUUAACGUGACAGCAUAAGUCACUUUGGCAGCAGAGCAUCCAUGAUGUGAAUCUCCUGUUGCUCCAAAGACACUGGAGGCUGCUGAACAACUAUCAUUACUGAACAAAAAUAAAUAUUAACGCCCCAUGUCAAAUAUUGUUGCCAUGUGGAGUUAACGGUAAGUAAGCAUWUGUGGACAUUUUUGAUUUGUGAACAAUUUUUAAUCCAAUUUGCUUCUCAGUGAGCAUUACUCAGUGGAUGGGUGGGGCAUGUCCAGUGGGUAAUCAGACAAAAUGAGUAAAAACUGGACAAUCCUUGAACUGGACAAUAAGAAGCCACCCCAAAACAUCACAUUUGGUCACAAGUCAUAAAGCCACAGAUGCCACAAGUUAUGCAGGAGUGUGCCAUUGGCAUGUUGUAUGCAGGGAUGCCCACCAGAGCAGUAGCUGCACGGCUCAAUGUCCAUAAUCGGACCAUUAGCCGUUUAAGAGUUGGUUUCCAACAGACUGUUAAAAAUAGUCUGCAAAUCGACCUCAUCCUUGUCAGCUACAUCUGACCACUCCAGCACAAAAUCGCCACAUCUGGCUCGUCUGUCUAAGACCAGCAACACAACAGUUGAUGAGACUAGUGGUCUGCACAACAGAUGCAUCCCACCUCAGACUGUCCAUAGCCGCCUACGAGAAGCCAACUUGGUCAAAAUCAAAUUCCUGAACCUGACCCCUAUCAUGUGGUCAGGUUUAAGGAUUGACAGUUCAAAGGACUGUCUAUCUGCUACAAAUGACCAUACCACAAUGAUAUCAGUGCUGAUAUGAAGAUCAGUAAUUACUGAAAAUAUAUUUUGAGUUUCUCUAUAUAUUGCGUAACCCAAAUGAUCAUAAAAGUCAUAUAUGACAUGGGCCGCAUACUUUCUCUGAUUGUUGUGAAGAUUGAGACAAUGUUGUCAAUCUGGAGGCUGGGUAACAAACACUGACAAUAAAAAAAUACUCAACCCCUUG